UAAAAGGCGCACUCAGAGAGGAGACACACUUGGCUUUUAGUGUACCUCCGCUUUCUAAACCUCAGCAGCAGUGAUCCUUCCUUUCUUUUGUCGUGCUUCAUACAUAUUAAAUACAUGUCUUUUAUGAUGAUGAGGAAGAAGAGGUUCAAGUUUAAAGUGGAUGUGGAGCUGGAGGAGUUGUCAUCUGUCCCUUAUGUGAACGGGGUUCUCUUCUGUAAAGUCCGACUGACUGACGGAGGGUUUUCACAAGAGUCAUCGAGGGAGCCGGUUGUGGCUAACUGUGUUAAUUGGAAGAAAAUGUUCUCAUUUUUAUGUAAAAUGAAUGCUAACGCGGUGACAGGGGUGCUGGACCCAUGUGUGCUCCGAGUAUCUGUAAGAAAGGGGCUUCGUACAAGCUUGAGGUUUCUUGAGGUUUUAAAUAAUUUAUUGGAUUUCUUUAUUAAGGAGCUGAAAGGUGGCAAGACGUUUGCAAAGCUCGGCUAUGCUGAUUUAAACCUGGCUGAAUUUGCCGGCUCAGGAAACACGACACGACACUGUCUACUAGAGGGAUAUAACACAAAAAACACACGACAGGACAACUCUAUACUGAAGGUGGUUAUUAGUAUGCAGCUAAUGUCAGGUGAUCCAUGCUUUAAAACGCCUCCAUCCACUGCAAUGACCACUGGUUUUCCUGGAGAUACAGAGAUGUGUCUUCAUGAAGACAGAAGAGGAGAGACACAGAAAACAACUCACAUCUGUACAGAAACUCAAAGAAAAGGCACCGGUGGUCAUGGUUCUGUUCCUGAUGAACUGGGAAAGUGUGGCCACUCGAGAACAUCCAGCUAUGCCAGCCAGCACUCCAAGGUCUCAGGUCCGUGUUCAUCGCGUUACAGUACAGAUCACUCACGUUCAUCUAGCUUGACGGAGCUCUCCCAUAGAAGGAACUUAUCGGUGGGCAGUGCCUCCACGGGGAUCGGCAGCCUACCAGAGCCCAGUGAUGAUAAAGAGUCCCGCCCACGGGCCUGUACCCCAGUGCCACAUCACCUUACACCAUCACACAGUGCCAGCAGGUACCCUGUAAAGCAAGACUCGGUCGAGUCUCAGCUAAAGAGAGUGGACGCUACAAGAGUGGACGCUGAUGAUAUCAUUGAGACGAUCUUACAGGGACAAGACUUUAGCCACAGUAUACUGGACUCUAGUGCUGAAGAGGAGGGUCUGCGACUGUUUAUUGGACCUGGAGGCAGCACUGCACUGGGCAGUCAGCAUACCAGGGUUGGACCUAGUGCCUUUGAACAGGUGGUUAUAAAGCGCUAGACUGAAUAACCGCAGGGUAAGAUGAUGUAACAUCCCGUGUCAAAAGAGAGGACAGCAGCUGGGUACUCGACACAUUUAUGAGAUCAAGGAGUCACUGCUUCCCCUUGUGGGCAAACCGGAGAAGAUCACAGAUUAAGAUGCCUCUGUCAGCUGGUUCUGAUAACAGGCAGCUAAUCUUAUUGUAAUGUUGCUGUAUCUCAACUGAAUAGAUGUUUAUAGUUCUCACAGUCAUUUACAGAUGGGACCUCAAAAACGUUUAAAGACCACUAUGGUGGAAGUGCCAAAAUGUUUUAUAGUUUUUAUACUUAUGUAUGUGGAAUUGCUUAUAAAAACUUUUUAACUGUAAUGAUGAAAUGCACUUUAAAGUAAUGGAUAUUUUGAUAAAACCUUUUUGGUUUAUCUUUAACGUUUAUGAAUACGUACAUUAAUAGAGACUAUGCAUUUUCAGUAAAGCACGGAUAUAGUCUAUACCACUAUAUGGCUAUAUGUUCGAUUCCAGGUAGGUGUAGAGUUCUCAGUAAGAUCACAGCAAUGUCACCAUUGUGUCACCUCAAGUAAACUCUGUAAAGGCCAAUUCACAAUGAUCCAACAAACACCAACAUUUCUCAUUUGUUCGUUAGCAGUUGUUGGAUCAGUGUCAAAUGGCUUUAAAAUUAAGUUUUAAUAAGUAAAUGUUAAAAAAAUUGAAGGUAUUGACUUUUGAAAGGAGAGAUGUUGGGCUCGGUUACCAAACAGGCCUCAUGCACGAACUGAAACACAGCAGAGCUGAAAUUUGUACAGAAAAGGUUUUAUUUAAAUAUGUAUUAAAAAUGUAUUAAAAUAUUAAACAGUUAAAUGUUGUUAAGAUUUGUUUUAAAUGUGCAGUUUUUCAGGUUUUAUGUUUUUAAGAUGUUAAAGUUUUGCUUUAAGUUUUUGUAUAUGUAAAAGGAAAACAUGAACUGUAUGGUUUUAUUAAUAUGUUUAUAUGUGUUUAUAUGUAUAAGUUAAUGAAAAUGUUAACAAAAUGUAAUGGUUUUAAAUCGUUUUAAACUCAGAAAGAGGUCACAUCUAAAUUAUUGUUUGUUUAUUAUAAUCUGGAGCUCUUCAGCAUUGAUAUAUGCAUGUAUUAGAUACACUCUUCUUUACAUUUACAUCUAUGGUUAGAACAAACAUAAAAUACUGCAUAUAAUAUAUGCACUAUUCUCUGCAUGUAAUAUUUCUUUGUACAGAUGCUUUCAGUAUAAUUUUUGUUUCAGCAAAUGUAUGUUAUAUCUGCUGUUUUUGUAUGUUUUUAGUCUUGGUGCAAUUUUCUUUGUACAGAGUUGAUAUUUGGUUGAGCUUGUGAUUUUUAUGUUUAGGUUAAAUUUUUACAAGCAUUUCUGUACAAAAAUUGAGAAAACAUUUCAUUUAAAAUAAUUUCAACUAUAUUGAAGUAAAAAUCCAUCUCACAAAUCAAAAUAUGUACAGAUGGAGUUCUUUAUUUAAAUAUGGAGAGGAUUAAAUGGAAUUAAGUUAGUGUAUUGUGAGAUUAUGACAAUAAAUGCCAUUAUUUUAAGUAAAUAGAUGAUCAAAGCUUUAAUGUGCAAGGGCACGUAUAUCUGCAGUCAGCUACUGUACACUAGAGGCUUGUGUUGCCAAAUCCUUUGUAAAUAGCUAACUCCCAAACAAAAGAGAUACAAAUAGAUUCUCAGUGCAACAGUAAACCUUUUCAUGAAAGCUAUUUUUAGUGAUAGACUUAUUUAUUGAAGUGGGCGAUAUAUCGACCAGUAUUUGUACAAUUUUUAUUAUCCGCAUCAGCCAAUAUAUGUUUCUGUUCCUUAAAUUUGUUGUUUAUAAUGGAGAAAAACUGAUGUGAAGCCAAAGUCUGACAGAUAGUAAUGACCAUUAUUCACUUUAUUCACUAUUUUAUUACUAUUAUUCACUUUUAAUGGGAAGUUACAUUGUGUUUCACACAACAACACUCUGGUGCAGAAUCUGUCAUCCACAGCAGGCCUACGUCUUGUAAAUAUUUUUCAAGUACUUUGAAAGUGAAUGUUUAUACAUAUUAUGCACAACAAAUAUUUCAACAAUUUUUAAAUUUUGUUUGUAUUUUUGUUUUUCUCACCGGUUUGUCUCUCAUUUAUGGUAAUGACAUUUUUGUUAUAUCAGCCACACUUAAAGGAACAUUAUGGAGGAUUGUGGCCAAAACUGGUAUUGCAAUCACAAAACUUGUGGCUAAAACUGGUACUACAAUCACACAACUGGUGGCUAAUACACAAAAUGACAACAUAAACAUCAGUUGAGGGCUGCAACUCCACUUUUUAAAUGACAAUAUCCUGGCCGGACCACUGUUGUCCGUGAUAUAAGUAUUUGAAAUAAAAAUGAUUUCUUAAUGUCUAGUGAUAUAUCAGGGCCAUUUUAUGAUUAAUUGAUAUAAAUUUCUUACAUACUGUUCCUUUAAUAUCAAUUAUUAAUAUUUCUCAAUAUCGGCAUAAAAACCUACAUCGGUCGCCCACUAGUUUUUACCAAAAGUUUUUAAUCAUACAGAUAUCUCAAAUGUUAAUAUUUGGUGGUACCACUGCACGUAUCUGUUAAAGUUUUUAAAGCAUUUUUUUAUUAUCUUUAAUAUUAAGUGCAAAUUUCAGAAUUGUCACGUCCAUAACGGAGAUUUGUCCACAACGCUGUUACUUCCUCAUGAACACAUACAAAACUUAAAAUAAAUAUUAAAUUUUCUUUGAAGAGCCGUCCCUUCUCCAUUGGGUAUUAUUUCCUUUGGAUUAUGCAUUUUAAUUCACAAAAUUCCUAUAAAGUAUGAUGUCUCUCAAAAACUUGUGCCUUCUUUUUCUCAUAUCCAUAAUGCUUGCAUGUUUCCCUCAUUUAAAAUAGAAAACAUGAGUAUGGACUGAUAUUUUUCUGAUGUGUGGACCCUAUCAUCCGGGGUUUG